AUGUCGGACCCCUUUGAGAAAAUAAUCUUGGCUGGGAAAUCAGCUCUGUCCGAGUCCCAGCACCCCUCAAACACAACUCGACUCGAAGUCGGAUUCCAGAAUUUCUUUCCUUGGGCUACCCCGGUUGUUGUCCUGCGCAUACUCGGCGGGCUCGAGGGCGCCCUCAAGGAUCCCACAUACCUCAAACCCCAGAAUGUUACCGCACUCAACCAGAUCAUCGCUAGAGCGGUUUAUCAACAACAAUCCGCGAUACAAGAGUACUUGGACCCGGUAUGGGAAGCGAUUGGCUCACUCCCAAGUAUCCAGGAGCGAGAGGCUAAGGUGCAGCACGCUAUUGAUGCAUUGAAGCUCAAGAUUCAUGGGAUCACGGAUAGCAUGUCUCAGGAAGCUAUACUUUACAUCAAGAGCCUCGACGCCGGCGAGCACUUGGCAGCCACUGAGUACUGGGAACAAAUGACGAAACGGCUUUCGUUGUUUCUGGAGAAAUCAAUGAAAAUUACCCUAAAGAGGUUUGAUAAAGCCCUGGACGCGGCCGAGGAGAUAUGGAGGCAGCGGGAGGAAGCUGGGGACGAGAUUGAAGAGGAGCUUGAUUUACUUUUAGAACGCCUAGACGAUGAGGGCGCUGAGUAA